CCCCUCCAGUUUGACAGCGCUGCUCCUCAGUGUGGUCGCUCAGAUCCCGUGCUCAGCCUCCCGCUCUCCAUCUCCCGGUGUGAGCGCAGUUACCUGAGUGGUGAAACAUGUCCAAAGUGUCCGGAAAGUAAGCCGUUAGGCUCCGGCGCUGAAGGCCACCUUCCUGGGCGGCGGCUCCACACCUAUGUGCUGGCCAUCCAUCCCGUGUGCAGCCUGACUUGAGCGGCCUCAGCGGUAGCAGCAGGUAGCCCGGCAGCCGCUGGCCAUCGUCCACCUAUGUCCCGUAAAGCAAGCGACAAUGUGGAAUACACACUGCGGAGCCUGAGUAACCUGAUGGGGGAGAAGAAGCGGAGGAAACAUGACGAGGGAGCCGGGGAGCGGAGCCUUAUCGCCGCCGACUCGUGCGCCAGCAUCAACAGCCAGGCGAGCUCGGCUGCCGCCGCGUCCUCCGCGGCCGGUGAGGACCUGGAGCGGGCGGCCCGCAGGCAGUUCCAGCAGGAUGUCACCCCGGCAUUCGUCUACGUGGUGUCCGUCUUCUCUGCCCUGGGAGGCUUCCUCUUCGGCUAUGACACCGGGGUGGUGUCCGGGGCCAUGCUGCUGCUCAAGAAGGACAUGAACCUGUCGGCGCUGUGGCAGGAGCUGCUGGUGUCCAGCACGGUGGGGGCGGCCGCGCUGUCUGCACUGGCAGGCGGGGUGCUCAAUGGCAUGGUGGGGCGCAGACCGUGCAUCCUCCUGGCCAGCCUGUUCUUCACUGCCGGGGCCGUGCUGCUGGCCGCUGCCGGGGACAAGGAGACGCUGCUCGGUGGUCGUGUGGUCGUGGGGCUGGGGAUCGGUAUUGCGUCUAUGACUGUCCCAGUAUACAUUGCAGAAGCUGCACCACCACAUUUGAGAGGAAGAUUGGUCACAAUUAACACCCUCUUCAUCACAGGCGGACAGUUCUUUGCAGCCGUUGUGGAUGGUGCUUUUAGCUACCUUCCCAGAGAUGGAUGGAGAUACAUGCUUGGACUUUCAGCUGUUCCAGCUAUACUCCAGUUUCUUGGUUUUCUUUUUCUACCAGAAAGCCCACGUUGGCUCAUUCAGAAAGGCCAAACGCAAAAAGCAAGAAGAGUUUUAUCUCAAAUCCGAGGUGUACAAACAAUUGAUGAAGAAUAUGAUAGUAUAAAGAAUAGCAUUGAUGAAGAAAAGGAAGUCGGCGCAGGCGGAACUGUCAUCUACAGAAUGUUAAUCUAUCCUCCGACACGCCGUGCUCUUAUAGUUGGUUGCGGAUUGCAAAUGUUCCAACAGUUGGCUGGCAUCAACACUGUAAUGUAUUACAGUGCAACAAUUUUGCAGAUGUCAGGUGUGGAUGAUGACAGACUGGCUAUUUGGCUUGCUGCUAUUACUGCAUUUACAAACUUCAGUUUUACACUUGUUGGUGUCUGGCUUGUGGAAAAAGUUGGCAGAAGGAAACUCACACUUGGAAGUCUUACAGGUACAACAUUGGCUUUGGUUGUACUGGCAUUGGGCUUUUUAUUAUCUGCUCAAGUCUCACCUCCAGUUACAUUCACGCCAACAGAUCCCGCCAGUCAAAAUUCGACAUGCUCAAAAUACAGCUUCUGUAACGGAUGUAUGCUGGAUCCCAACUGUGGAUUUUGCUACAAAAUAAAUGGUUCAAAUAUUAUUGAUUCUUCUUGCAUUCGAGUAAAUCCUAAAACAACAGAACAGUCAGCAUGGGGCAGAUGUACAAAUGAAACUAAAACAAAAAUGGGUACAUAUUGGGCUUAUAAUUACUGUCCAACAUCAUAUUCAUGGACUGCGCUCAUCGGAUUAAUUUUAUACUUGAUUUGCUUUGCACCUGGUAUGGGACCAAUGCCAUGGACCGUCAAUUCCGAAAUAUACCCACUGUGGGCAAGAAGCACAGGAAAUGCAUGUUCCUCUGGAGUUAACUGGAUUUUUAAUGUAGUGAUUUCACUCACAUUUUUACACACAGCUCAGUAUCUUACGUAUUACGGAGCAUUCUUCCUGUAUGCAGGCUUUGCUUCUGUUGGACUUGUAUUUAUUUAUGGAUGUCUACCAGAGACUAAAGGAAAGAAGCUGGAGGAAAUUGAAUCUUUAUUUGAAAACAGACUUUGUACAUGUGGUGCCUCUGAAUCUGAUGAGGGGAGGUAUAUAGAAUAUAUUCGCGUAAAGGGAAGUAAUUAUCAUCUGUCUGACAAUGAUGCUUCUGAUGUGGAAUAAUUUUCCUCGGCAGAUGCAUACUAAUCAUUUAAAAGCCUUCUGGAGAAGGACAGCUAUAGGUGACCUCACAGUCCUGCUUCUGGUCUGGUUCUCUCGACAGUUCAAAAUGAACCUACUAAAAUCAUUUUUGUUACUGAUCUCGAUGGACAAUUCACUGAUUGAAAUUCAGCAAUGGGUUCUGCUUGUUUCUUUACAUUGUGUUUCUACAAAUACAGUUAUCCCUGCAUUGUGUUUACUUACAAAGUGUAUUUAAAAAAAUAUACAGACAUUCGAUCUGUAAAUUAUCGGUAAAUCCAACUAAUGCUCAGUUUAAGUCUUCCUUUGUUAAUGCCAAGAAUGGGGUUGUAUCCCUUUUCACUAAAAUGCAUGUGAUCAAAUGAAAAUGCACUAAAACAUUGCACAAUUUACACAUGAUAAUCUCUAAAUAUAUAAACAGUAUUUAGCAGGAAACUUGUAUAUAUAAUUUAAAAUCUAUAUAAAAUCUUAACGUGACAUUCCAAUACAAAUAUUCAAGUGUUAUUUCUUAAUUUAGUAACAUUCCAAGUAAGUGUCAAAUGACCAACAUGCAACAAAGCACAAGUGAAAUACUGGAACUCUAUCAUGAUAGUCCAGUUUGCAUUUUUAUCAACCCAGGAGUGGCAAAAUUUAGUUUACAUGAAUGAAAUCUGAUAAAACAGGUUUCAGGUAGCAAUGAAAACAUGUUUACAUAGGUGUUCAGGUUAGUAGAAUGGGUUUGCCUUAUCAGCGCUGCACAUCGGACAUGAGAUACAGUGCAUAACUAUCACUAGUUCAGAGUGAAAUAUAAACAAAAGAUUUGGGGUUCAUGCACAUGGCUAUAUUAUGGUUUAUUUCAGAUGGUGCCAUAAAAGGGCAGCCAGAGAAGUGAAUGACACUUCUGCUGUAUUUCUAUGUGUUUUCGUUUCAUAUAUAGGCAUAUAGAAAUAGGAAUCUGAUAUAAGCUUUAAUUUUUCAGAAACCUUUUUAAAAAAUAAAGCAAACUGUUCCUCCACCGUUCCUUUGAACAAGGUUUGAAAUCUCUCACCUUAUAUAUAGAGGUAUUCUCCCUUAGAAGCAAUAUCUCUGUACAUAUAUGCCAUAUAUUAUGUGCCUCAACACUUAGGAACAGUACAGUUUUCAUGCACUACAGUACAGUUUCUCUUGUGUACAUGAGCUGUUAACCAGAAAAAAGUGACCCCAAAAAGAUAUAAGAAUAAUGUUAUAGAUCAUUUAUAAGAUACUAUUUGGGAAGCAAUUACAGAAAUAUUUUUUCAAUUGUUUCUUAGAAAGAAACUGUUUAGGUUUAACAACUUCUCAGAGGUACAUAUCCAACUGUAAUCUUAUUUUAUUAGAAACUUAAAUAUAACACUAUAAAUCAACUAAUGUGACAAUGUAGCAUUUGUUGUGUUAUGUAUGCAUACUGUUUGUAUAUGUAUAUUGUGACCAGUUAUCAUGGGCAUAAGCAAUAUAAUAUAAUUUAAAAGGAAUUUUGGAUCAUUAACCCCUUAACGACUAUGGACAUAUAUUUAUGUCUGUGGCCGACUCACACAAUAUAAUAUAAUCAGUCCUGGUAUGUAACUGAAGCCGGGACCCGGGGCUAAUAGCGCACUAUUAACCCUUUAGACGCGGCGUUCAAAGUCCAAUGCCCCGUCUAUAAAGAAAGUAAAACCUUCCCAGCUGUUCAGUGGGGCUGAUGGGGACCACCACAGUGAAAAUGCGGGGUCCCCAUCAGCUAGGACGUGAGCGGAGGGUCACUCACCUUCCUCCGAUCGGCGAUUGAUUGCUCCAAGCCUGAGAUUCAGGAUUGGGCAAUCGCCAGCUGAUAACACUGACCAACGCAAAGCUAUGGCUUUGCAGUGAACAGUGCUGGCAAUCAGUGUAUGCAAUAUUAUAGCCCCCUAUGGGGGCUAUAACAUUGUAGAAAAAAAUGUGUAAAAAAAAGUUAAUACAUGUGAUUUAACCCUUUCCGUAAUAAAGUCCAAAUCACCCCCCUUUUCCCAUUUAAAAAAACUAACAUAUGUGGUAUCACCGCGUGCGUAAAUGUCUGAACUAUAAAGAAAAAAAAAUCAUUAAUUAAACCGCAGGGUUAAUGACGUACGCGCCAAAAAAAUUCCAUAGCAUAUUUUUGGUCACUUUUUAUAUCAUGAAAAAAAUGAAUAAAAAGCGAAAAAUGAGCCCUCAUACCGCCCCAUAUGCUGAAAAAUAAAGUUAUAGGGGUCCGAAGAUGGCAAUUUUAAACGUAUACAUUUUCCAGCAUGUAGUUAUUAUUUUUUCCAGAAGUACGACAAAUCAAACCUAUAUAAGUAGGGUAUCAUUUUAAUCGUAUGGACCUACAGAAUAAACAUGAGGUGUCAUUUUUACCAAAAAUGUACUGUGUAGAAACGGAAGUCCCCAAAACUUACAAAAUUGUGUUUUUUCUUCAAUAUCGUUGCACAAUGAUUUUUUUUCCCCGUUUCGCUGUAGAUUUUUGGGUAAAGUGACUGUCACUGCAAAGUAGAAUUGGUGGUGCAAAAAUAAGCCAUAAUAUGGAUUUUUAGGUGCAAAAUUGAAAGGGUUAUGAUUUUUAAAAGGUGAGGAGGAAAAAACGAAAGUGCAAAAACGGAAAAACCCAUGGUCUUUAAGGGGUUAAAGGUGUUUUCUGGGACUUUUUAAUUCAUAGGUUAUUCUUAGGAUAGGCCAUCAAUAUCAUAUCGUUUAGGUGCCAAUACCCAGUACCGCCCACCAUCUAGCUGUUUGCCAGAGACGUUGAACCUAGGUGUACACUGUCGAUGGAGCUGGAAGAUGAAGUAACCUACAGUGACCACUUCACAACAAAUAGACAGAUUCUUGCUGAAACAAAUGGGCAGCAGCAUGUAGAUGAGUGCAAUGCCUAUUUGUACCCUCUUGGGGCUGCCAUUUGUUUAAGCAAUUUAUGAGAUUCUUAGUAUCUGGACCCCUCAUCAUCAAAGCAGAGGCUUAACUAGAAGAUGCAGGGCCCAAAUGUAAAAUCUGUAACAGGUCUCCCAACUAUUAUGUUUCAUUCAUAAUACUCGUGUACAUAGUUAGGAAAGAGAGAUCUUAUGGUGCAAGUACAUCCUCUACACCCCUAUAUUUAUGAUUCUAAAUUAAAACUUCUGACGUGUGAUUAUGACAUUUGGAAAGUUUUUAAAACUUUAAGUAACCUUUAAAAGCUAUGGAGACCUUUUGAAAAGCAUUUUUCUUCUUGCUUUGUACUUUUUUUAUGGUGCUAAAACACUUUCACCACAGGUCUUUAUUAAAAAUGUUACUACUUUUCUCUUUUACAGCCUCUUACAGUUUGCCGGGAUAGCUCUGCUUUCUCUACUGCAAACUGUAUUUUGAUUAUGUUCACAUGGGUAUGUUGCACAUGUACAAUCUGCCUAUAAAAACUGCCCACUACAAAACGGCUUGUAAAUCAUUGUGGUUUUUAAAGUGCACCCAAUUUAUUAUUGCAGUUUUAAGCAUGAUUCUGCACAAAAUAAAUAGCCAAAAAAUAUGCAUAUGUCAAGAAUUUGCCAAACAAACAUUUUUUAGGUUAUACCAUUCAUUUCUUUGAAAGCCAAAAGGCUUAAAGGGGUAUUCCAGGCAAAAACUUUUUUUUAAUAUAUCAACUGGCUCCGGAAAGUUAAACAGAUUAGUAAAUUACUUCUAUUAAAAAAUCUUAAUCCUUCCAAUAGUUAUUAGCUUCUGAAGUUUUCUGUCUAACUGCUCAAUGAUGAUGUCACGUCCCGGGAGCUGUGCAUGAUGGGAGAAUAUCCCUUGCAUGA